GGCGGCGGCGGCGGUGAAGGCCGCGGCGGUUGGGAGGUAACUGUGGUGGUGAAGGCUGCGGGAGUUGGGAGGCAGCGGCAGAGUUUGGAAGGAACGGAGCAGGAUUAAGAGGCGGCAGCAUUAGGGUCAGCCUUUGCCUCUCAGAGCUCGGCACUCAACACGCCCCCUUGGCCCCCGGCGGGCGGCGGCCGCCCCGCUUAGGGCCUAGUCUCCGAGCUGUGCCUCGGUUUCAUACAGCGGCAUCCGCCAUGAGCCCUUAAGGGCUGUCCGAGCCCUCCAGUUCUAGGGUCCACCAUGGAGCCGGGGUCUGACGACUUUCUGCCGCCGCCGGAGUGCCCGGUGUUCGAACCUAGCUGGGCCGAGUUCCGAGACCCUCUUGGCUACAUCGCGAAAAUCAGGCCCAUCGCGGAGAAGUCCGGCAUUUGCAAGAUCCGCCCACCCGCGGACUGGCAGCCACCCUUUGCUGUAGAGGUCGACAACUUCAGAUUUACUCCUCGAAUCCAGAGGCUGAAUGAACUAGAGGCCCAGACGAGAGUGAAAUUGAACUACUUGGACCAGAUUGCCAAAUUCUGGGAAAUCCAGGGCUCCUCCUUAAAGAUUCCUAAUGUCGAGCGGCGGAUCUUGGACCUCUACAGCCUCAGCAAAAUCGUGGUGGAGGAAGGUGGCUAUGAAGCCAUCUGCAAGGACCGUCGGUGGGCCCGGGUGGCCCAGCGCCUCAACUACCCACCAGGCAAAAACAUUGGCUCCCUGCUACGCUCCCACUAUGAACGCAUCGUUUACCCCUAUGAGAUGUACCAGUCUGGAGCCAACCUGGUGCAGUGCAACACACGUCCAUUUGAUAAUGAGGAGAAGGACAAGGAGUACAAACCACACAGCAUCCCCCUUCGGCAGUCUGUGCAGCCUUCCAAGUUCAACAGCUACGGCCGGCGGGCCAAGAGACUACAACCUGAUCCUGAACCCACAGAGGAAGACAUUGAAAAGAAUCCGGAGCUGAAGAAGCUACAGAUCUAUGGGGCAGGCCCCAAGAUGAUGGGCCUAGGCCUCAUGGCCAAGGAUAAGACUCUGCGGAAGAAAGAUAAGGAAGGGCCUGAGUGUCCCCCCACCGUAGUGGUGAAGGAGGACUCAGGUGGGGACAUGAAGGUGGAGUCAACAUCACCCAAGGCCUUCCUGGAGAGCAAGGAGGAGCUGAGUCACAGCCCAGAGCCCUGUACCAAGAUGACCAUGAGGCUGCGGAGGAACCACAGCAAUGCCCAGUUUAUUGAGUCAUAUGUAUGUCGGAUGUGUUCCCGAGGGGAUGAGGACGACAAACUCCUGCUAUGUGAUGGCUGUGAUGACAACUACCACAUCUUUUGCCUGCUGCCGCCUCUGCCUGAGAUUCCCAAGGGUGUGUGGCGGUGCCCAAAGUGUGUCAUGGCGGAGUGUAAGCGCCCCCCCGAAGCCUUUGGCUUUGAGCAGGCUACCCGGGAAUACACUCUGCAGAGCUUUGGCGAGAUGGCCGACUCCUUUAAAGCCGAUUACUUCAACAUGCCCGUGCACAUGGUGCCCACAGAACUUGUGGAGAAGGAGUUCUGGCGGCUAGUGAAUAGCAUUGAGGAAGAUGUGACGGUUGAGUAUGGGGCUGACAUCCAUUCCAAAGAAUUUGGCAGCGGUUUCCCUGUCAGCGACAAUAAGCGUCACCUAACCCCUGAGGAGGAGGAGUAUGCUACCAGUGGCUGGAACCUGAAUGUGAUGCCAGUAUUGGAGCAGUCCGUACUGUGCCACAUCAAUGCUGAUAUCUCUGGCAUGAAGGUGCCCUGGCUCUACGUAGGGAUGGUCUUCUCAGCCUUUUGCUGGCACAUUGAGGAUCACUGGAGUUACUCCAUUAACUACCUCCACUGGGGUGAACCGAAGACAUGGUAUGGGGUACCCUCGCUUGCAGCAGAACAUUUGGAGGAGGUAAUGAAGAAGCUGACACCUGAGCUGUUUGAUAGCCAGCCUGACCUCCUGCACCAGCUUGUCACCCUCAUGAAUCCCAAUACCCUCAUGUCCCAUGGCGUGCCGGUUGUCCGCACAAACCAGUGUGCAGGAGAAUUCGUCAUUACCUUUCCUCGUGCUUACCACAGUGGCUUCAACCAAGGCUACAAUUUUGCCGAGGCUGUCAACUUUUGCACUGCUGACUGGUUGCCAGCUGGGCGCCAGUGCAUUGAGCACUACCGCCGGCUCCGUAGAUACUGCGUCUUCUCCCAUGAGGAGCUCAUAUGCAAGAUGGCUGCCUGCCCAGAGAAGCUGGACCUGAACCUGGCGGCAGCUGUGCAUAAAGAAAUGUUCAUCAUGGUUCAGGAGGAGCGGCGCUUACGGAAGGCUCUGCUGGAGAAGGGCAUCACAGAAGCUGAGCGAGAGGCUUUUGAGCUGCUCCCGGAUGAUGAGCGCCAGUGCAUCAAGUGUAAGACCACAUGCUUCCUAUCAGCCCUGGCCUGCUAUGACUGCCCAGACGGCCUUGUCUGCCUUUCCCACAUCAAUGACCUCUGCAAGUGUUCCAGUAGCCGGCAGUACCUGCGGUAUCGCUACACCUUGGAUGAGCUCCCUGCCAUGCUACAUAAGCUGAAGGUUCGGGCUGAGUCCUUUGACACCUGGGCCAACAAAGUGCGAGUGGCCCUGGAGGUGGAGGAUGGGCGGAAGCGCAGCCUUGAAGAGCUGAGAGCACUAGAGUCUGAGGCCCGUGAACGGAGGUUUCCUAACAGUGAGUUGCUGCAGCGACUGAAGAACUGCCUGAGUGAGGCAGAGGCUUGCGUGUCCCGGGCUCUGGGACUGGUCAGCGGCCAGGAAGCUGGUCCCCACAGGGUAGCUGGUCUGCAGAUGACCCUGGCUGAGCUCCGGACCUUUCUGGACCAGAUGAACAACCUGCCGUGUGCCAUGCACCAGAUUGGGGAUGUUAAGGGUAUUCUGGAACAGGUGGAGGCCUACCAGGCUGAGGCCCGUGAGGCCUUGGCCUCACUGCCCUCCAGCCCAGGGCUACUGCAGUCCUUGUUGGAGAGGGGGCGGCAGCUGGGGGUGGAGGUGCCUGAGGCCCAGCAGCUCCAGCGGCAGGUGGAACAGGCGCGAUGGCUGGAUGAGGUGAAACGCACGUUGGCUCCCUCAGCCCGAAGGGGCACCCUGGCUGUCAUGCGAGGACUGUUGGCCGCAGGUGCCAGCGUAGCACCUAGCCCUGCUGUGGAUAAGGCCCGGGCCGAGCUGCAGGAGCUGCUGACCAUUGCCGAACGCUGGGAGGAAAAGGCCCACCUCUGCCUGGAGGCCAGGCAGAAGCAUCCACCAGCCACACUCGAGGCCAUAAUCCAUGAGGCAGAAAACAUCCCUGUUCACCUGCCCAACAUCCAGGCUCUCAAGGAGGCUCUUGCUAAGGCCCGGGCCUGGAUUGCUGAUGUGGAUGAGAUCCAAAAUGGUGACCACUACCCCUGCUUGGAUGACUUGGAGGGCCUGGUGGCCGUGGGUCGAGACCUACCUGUGGGAUUGGAGGAACUGAGACAGCUAGAGCUGCAGGUACUGACAGCGCACUCCUGGAGGGAGAAGGCUUCUAAGACCUUCCUCAAGAAGAACUCAUGCUACACGCUCCUGGAGGUGCUCUGCCCAUGCGCAGAUGCCGGCUCAGACAGCACCAAGCGCAGCCGGUGGAUGGAGAAGGAGCUGGGGUUGUACAAGUCUGACACAGAGCUGCUGGGGCUAUCUGCGCAGGACCUCAGGGACCCAGGCUCUGUGAUCGUGGCCUUCAAGGAGGGGGAACAGAAGGAGAAGGAGGGCAUCCUGCAGCUACGACGCACCAACUCUGCCAAGCCCAGUCCACUGGCAUCAUCGACCACGGCUGCCUCUGCAAACUCCAUCUGUGUGUGUGGGCAGGUUCCUGCCGGGGUGGGAGCCCUGCAGUGUGACUUGUGUCAGGACUGGUUCCAUGGGAGAUGUGUGUCGGUACCCCGCCUCCUUAGCUCCCCGAGGCCCAAUCCCACCUCAUCCCCACUGCUGGCCUGGUGGGAGUGGGACACCAAAUUCUUAUGUCCGCUGUGUAUGCGCUCACGGCGCCCGCGCCUGGAGACCAUCCUGGCACUGCUGGUAGCCCUGCAGAGACUGCCCGUGCGGCUGCCCGAGGGUGAGGCCUUACAGUGCCUCACAGAGAGGGCCAUCAGCUGGCAAGGUCGUGCCAGGCAGGCUCUGGCCUCUGAGGAUGUGACUGCUCUGUUGGGACGGCUGGCUGAACUUCGCCAGCGGCUGCAGGCUGAACCCAGGCCGGAGGAACCCCCUACCUACCCUUCAGCCCCUGCCUCUGAUCCUCUCAGAGAAGGCAAUGGCAAGGAUAUGCCCAAGCAGGCCCAGGGGUUGGAGAACGGAGACAGCGUGACCAGUCCUGAGAAGGUAGCCCUGGGAGAAGGCUCAGACCUGGAGCUGCUGUCGUCACUGUUGCCACAGUUGACUGGCCCCAUGUUGGAGCUGCCUGAGGCAACCCGGGCCCCCUUGGAGGAGCUCAUGUUGGAGGGGGACCUGCUUGAGGUGACCCUGGAUGAAAACCACAGCAUCUGGCAGCUGCUGCAGGCUGGGCAGCCUCCAGACCUGGAGCGGAUCCGCACACUUCUAGAGCUGGAGAAGGCAGAGCGCCAUGGGAGCCGGGCCCGGGGCCGGGCGUUGGAGAGGCGGCGGCGGCGGAAGGUGGAUCGGGGUGGGGAGGGUGAUGACCCAGCCCGAGAGGAGCUAGAGCCAAAGAGGGUCCGGAGCUCUGGGCCAGAGGGCGAGGAGGCCCAGGAGGAGGAGGAGCUGGAGGAGGAGACUGGGGCUGAGGGUCCUCCCCAACCCCUGCCCACCACUGGCAGCCCCAGCACCCAGGAGAACCAGAAUGGCUUGGAGCCGGCCCUAGGGGCCAGUUCAGGCUCCUCAGCCCCUUUAUCCACUCUGACUCCCCGGCUGCACGUGCCCUGCCCACAGCAGCCACCUCAGCAGCAGUUGUGACAGUGGCUGAGCCUGGCACAGACCCCGACAGAGACCCCCCCUUGGCCUCAAGGAUCCUCUUUCUGACCAUCAAGCCUGCUUCUUGGGAGGUGGGCAAGUAGGGGGGAUGGCCACUCCCCCCCACCCCAGCCC